UCUUAAACAUAUAGUUUAACAUUUGAUAUGAAAACGUAAAAUGUCAUUUCUGCAGCUCGCCAGUAAAGGUGGGGUUGGGGUUUUAGAGAUGCACGAUGACCACAAUCACAAUUAUCGUGAAAACCAUGGAAAUGUAUAUUAUUUAAACUGUAGCUCACCGAUGCGGAGUGAAGCCAGUUGUAUUCCAGCCACUGUGGGUGUGUGGGAUUGUGCCGAAACUGCCACACACAACGAUUCCGCUUCAGACUGCGAAGCUGAUUGUUGUGGUCCAUCUAAAGCGAGGAGCGUGACUUCUAAUCCCUCUGAAUUUAUGAAAUAAGAGCCAGUGUCUCUUCUCUACUCCAGUCCCUCCAACUGCUUGGACGCCAUGUUGUGAAUGGAGCGUGAUCAUAUGACCACAUGACACAAACAUCCAGUGAUGAAUUCAAUGACAGCAGAGGACUACAGAGAAACCUACUGGCCGAGGCUGGAAAAAGCAGUUGAACAGCUGCUGACUCAAAGCCCAGUGAAAUACACUUCUAUCUCCUAUGAACAGAUUUACAGUCAUGUUUAUAAGUGUGUGUGCCAGCAAUACUCAGACCAUCUCUACAGUGACUUGAUAUGGAAGAUAACAUCUCACUUACAGCAAGUGUGCUUAGAAUUGCAAGACAGCCGACCUGAAAGUUUUGUUGAAAACUUCAAUCUUGCUUUCACUCAAUACAUGGCUGCAAUUGAGUGCAUCAUUCCUUUGUUCAUUUAUAUGAACAAAUUCUAUAUUGAAACUCAGCUGAACAGAGACUUGAAGGAUGACCUCAUGGACCUUUUCUCAGCUCAUGUUGCAGAGAAACAUAUUAGUAUGUUAAUAUCUCUUCUAAAGAAAGCUGAGGCCAUGCCAUUUCAAGUUAAACCAUCAACUAUGGCAAGUGUGGUAAAAGGCCUUUACUCUCUGCGACCAGACUGGGCUCAGCUAGCCCCUGCAUUGUUUUCUAGAUUUAUUCCCCAAAUUCACCCUCCUGUUUUGGAGUCUGAUUUGCUGCGUUAUGCAUCUCAAGACCGGAAAUUGCAAAUGGAGCUUUCACUAAAAGGUUUUUCCAGGUGUGACCAGUCACGUAAAAGAGCAUGUGAAGAAUCCUGAAAAACCUGCUGGAAAACAUGAAAUAAUACCCCACACAAGAAAGCUUCCAUACUACAGAUCAGAGACAUAAGGACUAGACUACGUAUGAACUGGGAAUAAUUAAAAAUAAAAAAAAAUUUUUUUUACAAAGGUGCUAUCUUCUAUGGAGGAUAAACCAUGUGCUAAUAAAAAACAAAUGAAUAAAUGUAUGAAAACAAAUAAAUACAUGUGGCAUAAAAGACAAAAAAAAUGCAGAGUAUAUAACAAUGCCUUGAUAAAAAAUGAAUAAUACAGAAAAAAGAACAUGGAAUGAGAGUCAGUUUAAGCUUAAACAUCUGCGGACUUAUUUAAAUACAAUUUUUUUAAACACAAAAAAGUUUCUGUUUUGCAGAACCUUUUUUUGUUUAAAAAAAUUGUAUUUAAAUAUUGAUUGCAAUUUUAAAUUGCAAUCAAUAUUUACCUCACAAUUAGUAAUUGCUGAAACUGUGGACAGAUUUAUGACAUAGAACCUCUUCCUGCUCUUCUGUGGCCAAGUAUUAACUUCUGGAGUGGGGUAACCAGAUUUUGGGUUAAAAUAACCUGGUAACCAUAAUGAUGCCUCAGAGCUGCAAAAUGAUCCACCAACACAUAAUGAUCUAAACUAAGGGUGAAAUUUGUGUUUAAAUGAAAAAUCUGAAUUUGAAUGUUAUCAUUUAUAUUUUGUAUCUUAUUGUAUCAAAUUGAAUUUCAUGGAAUGCAAGAAAGUAAUCUUAGGCUCUGAAAAUGAAUUUCAUGCUUAAGGGUGUGUAAUUAAACAUUUGAAAUUCAACCUGAA